UGUGUUUUUAAAAAUAAAAUAAAAUAAAACAUAUUUUUAUUAUUAUUUAGUGAUUGAAAGCCUAAAUACUUGACCACCGAUUAUAUAUAAUGGCCACAAAUCAACACAUCGGCGGCAAACUGUUACCACUUAUAAGCCGUAGUUAUUAUUAUCACAUCAAGAGCUUAGGCGGCGGUGGUCACCACUGCAGCCGCCGAUCAGUACUUCAUCGUUCAUUGAACUCGUUUACGGAAACUGCGGUUAAAUUUGUGACCACAAAACGCUGGACAUCGACGUCGGCACAGAACAACACGGCCGCAGCUGAUGACGGCCAUAAUCAUCGUCGUGGCGAUUGUCUAAUCUAUAGCGGACCCGACAAUAUGGUCAAACUAAUCAAAACAAUCAAAUUGUUUUCAAUAUCGACGACAGUGUUGGCCGGCGGUGUCCAGCCGUUUAUCAUACAACAGAUUUUGGCCACCAAUUCGUCAGCUUUUGCCGUCGGUUUUGCCGGUAUGACCAGCGCAGGCAUACUGUUGUCGCCGCUGGUACUCAACUGGUUUACCCGACGCUAUGUCACCCGAUUGUACUACAACUACGAUACGCAACGAUUCACGGCGUGGACAUUGAAUCUGUUUUGUCGGCCGAUUAGCCAACAGUACUCGUCGGCGGAUGUGUCGAUACCCGAAGCGCUCGGUAUGUUCACCUCAUAUACGGUCAACACUGGCGCCGCUAAGGGACGGCCAACAAAGCGGCCGUUUUUUGUCGAUCCCGAGUUUGUUACCGAUUUGGACGCUUAUAAAGUGAUGUUGGGUUACGAUCGGCCAUUGGAUAUCACUUUAGACAAUAUUUUAGAGGACAGUCAUCAUCAGCAACAACAAGAACAUAGACAACAAACUAAUGAUAAACUAAAAUAACAUUUUAAUUAUACAAAUAUUUUGAAGAAAAA